ACGCUUUGGGAACACACAGUGAGCGGAGCGUCCGCAGUCGCAGUAGCACUCGAAGUCCGCUUAUCCGCAGCCGUAUCCGCAUCGCAGCGUUUUCGAAUUUUUCGAACCAUCCCAUUCAUCUGUCAUAUCCUAACCAUCUAAUCGUCGAACCCACUAUCGUGAUCGCGUCCGUAAUCGCGUCUCAAUGUUCCGGUCUUGUGUGAAACCGUGUCCAAAGAAGAUCGAAACAAUAAUCUCAACGGAUAGCAAAUUUGAAAACGAAAAGUUCAUUUCGAAAUCCAAGUAUUGCUGGCCAAGAGAGUCGUUACAAUUUGAAAAGGCCGCUAAAAUCCAUUAAUUUACAACCAGUUCGAAGAGGAGAAAAUAUUUACCAGAAAUGUAUAUGGUUAGUGUUGUGCUUUUGAAAAGAAAAAAUCCAAAAAUUUAUGAAAAUGUUGAAUUGCUGUUGCCAUAAGUUUUGAAGUGUGCAAAGUGUAACUCUUUUAAAAUCAACGAAAUAUUCAACGCGUCCAAAAAAAGAAUCGUAAAACUGAAAAAAGGCAAACAAACAGAAAAAUAAGCUCGUCAGAAAAUGUUAGCCAACCAAACUUAGGCCAACAAGAUUGCUUCAUUCAUCGCUCCCCAAGUUUAUGGCGGGAAUAUAUGACAUGACAAGAAAGUCAUUGGCGUUGAUAAGAUGCAUUAUCAGCGGGGAAGACGAAGAUGAAGAUCCGCAACAGCAACAGCAGCAAUUGAAAAGUGUUAAACAAGUCUACGAUAUGAUAACCUAAUUUCCUGCCAGGAAAGAGGAAAAGAAAAAUUAUUAAAAAAAAAAAUAUUAAAACGGACCCAGAGAGAGACUCUUCAGUGAAAAGAAAAAACGUAAACGAAACGAAAGUGAAAGAUUUCAUAAAAGGGGCGUUCAUAUGUUUCAACGACAUCCGAGGGCGUGGCGAAGGCCCAAUAAACUGGCAAACAAACAAUAAACAACAUAAACAGCGACUUACACAGAAAUUAUAAACAUUCGGAUUCGGGCGGAAAACAACGGCUCGAAAAUCCCCUGUGAACCGAACUGGGGAUCUUUGAUGCGAAGAAACCUGCGCUUGGACUGGAGGGCCCUGGCGCUGCUGGGCGCCCUCCUUUCGCUGAUCAUCGACUGGCCGGGAUUGGUCUUUGCAAUGCCCUUGAUGGCCAGCCUACCAGACUCAUCCACAUCCACAGCGACAUCCACAGCCAACAGCACGAACAAUAGCAAUCUAUUUAGUAAUAGUUAUCUACAAAGUGAUCAUAGUCGUAGUAGUUUAGUGCCGAGCGCAGUGAGUGAACGUAGUGUAAAUCAACCCACAAAUCAAAGUAUUAAUGCUGAAUUUAAUCAGAGCCUAAGCACGCAAUUAACUGCCAUAACAAGCACACCCCGAUUCGCCAGCGAGGAGGACUCCGAUCAGCUGGAGGAGCCGCUGGGAUUUGUCAUCUCGGCGGUGCCGAAUGAGCAUUUGGCUGUCCUGUCGCGUACCGAACGCAGCAUUCGUCACCAGAAUCACCAGCACCAGCAGCAGCAGCAGCAGCAGCAGAAGAAGCACCACCACUAUACGCAAAAUAAUCAUCAUCACCAGCACCAGCAGCAUCAGCAGCAGCAUCAACAGUCGCCCGCUGACAAUAAUUUCAUUGGUUCGAAAUCGAAAAGACUGAGCAACCCUAGGAGUAAUCUAAACAUAAAUAGCAGUAGCAGUAACACACCUAUCAGCAAUCUGGACCGCAACGAGCGCUCCACGGUGCCCCAGUCCCAUUUGGCCUGGACAUCCCGCAAGAUCCAGCUGUACAUCAAGAAUCGCAUCCUCCAACUGAUGCGGGAUGGAACCGUCAACGGAACCCAGGACGAGAACAGUGAAUUCACGAUUCUCCAGCGCUCCACUGUGGAUGUGGGACGCAUCAAGCUGCAGAGUGUGGCCACUUGCUUGUUUCUCUGCAUGGACGCGUGCGGUGUUCCCUACGGCUCGAAAGACUUCACCGACGAUUGCGUCUUCAACGAAAACAUGGGUCUGCAGAACUACAACACGUACUCCUCCACGUACCACUCGCAGGCGCGGCGGGUCUUCUACUUGGCCCUGAACGGAAGUGGCCAGCCCCGGCGCACCCAGAUCCCCGCCAGCCGAUCGCUGGGCAAGCUCAGCACCUAUACGAACGCCAUCACGGAGACGGUGCCACAGGAGCGGGUAGAGCAGCUGAUCGCCAAGAAUUUUGGGGCCAAUCGCGUUAAGCACGGCGUGCGGCAACUCUGUGAUACGGGCAAGCCGCUGAUCGAACUGAUCGAUGUGGCCAAGUUUAAGGGUCCGCCGCAUUGCAGCAGCAACACGAGUGGCAGUAGCAGUAGUAAAAGUAGUAGCAGUAGCAGUUACGUUCCUGUGUCUGCGAUCAGCAGCCUGAGUAGUAUUAGUAACAGUAGUCAAAGCGAGAGCGGCCAUAUUAGCAGUAGCAGUAACAGUAAUCUUAGCAGUAGUAGCAGUAGCAGUAGCAGUAUCAGUAACGGUAAUAGUAGUGGCAGUAACAGUAGUAGUGGUAGCAGUACUAACAAGGCAAAUAAGAAGAAAAAGCACCGAUGCAGGCAGCACGAGCAGGAGGACACCCACAAUUGCCAAAAGCGCGCAGGGGCGGGUGCCCUGCGAAAGCUUGGGCCCAAGGCGCAAAGGUGCAAGGAGCUGCGCGAAAAGGCGGCAGCCGAAAAGCGAGCCCCACCCAAUUGUGGCAAGAAAAAUGGGGCGAGGAAAACGCAAGAGGCGGCCAAAGGUGUGCAGCAGCGUGCCAAGGCCAAUAUCCAGCAGGGUGGCAAGAAAAAGCUCAAUAAGUCGGGAAAACAGCGGCAAAAUGGGGGCAAAAAGCAGCAACAUCAGCAACAUCAGCAACAGCAGCAUCAACAGCAGCAACAUCAGGCCAAGGCUGUUUCCGGUGGCAAGCGGAAGCACCGGAAAAUGGAUCCGAGUUUCAGCACCAGCACCAGCACCAGCACCAUGGCUACCAGCCUGGCCACGCCCCCAGCAAGCCACUGGGAGAGCAGCUCGCCCCUGCCCGCCUUCGCGCUCAGCGAAACCAGCGAUCGGGUGGAGCGUAAUGUGCGCACAAACAGCGGCGAGGAGGAGCCGGAUCAGAACCAGGAUCAGGAGCAGGCUGAUCCGACGGAGCAGGGCGAGGAGGAGGGUGACAACGACGGGGGAUCCCUUGAGGAUGCCAGCUACGAGGACGCCAGCUCCGAAGCUCAAGGACGCAGUGCAGCAGCAGCCGGCGAUGACUCGCUCUAUUACGAUUUCGGACGUUUGUCCCCCCGGCGAUGAUCCAGGUCAAUGCCAGCCCCACUAAAGACGAUGAAUAUCAAGUGUAUUACGACGGAGUCUCGAGUAUUUUAUAAGAACCUCUCAAGCCAACAAUUUGGAGUACAAUUACCAUCGAAAUGUAUAAUAAUCGCACGCCCAUCCAAUUAAAUAUAUCCUAAAUCGAAGCCAUUUCCUUACGCAACACGAAUGACAAAAAGAGUCUAUUGAAAUACUUGAGUCUCUGUGGCGGAACUUUUACGUUCGGUUGACGAUGAAAAUACUCAAAAAUACGAUCAUACCGAUAAGUCUACAAGAAACGAAAAAACUUGCAAAGCGCUUUCCCAAUAUUGUAAACGAGUGAAGCGAUGAAAUGAAAUUCGAAUGUGUCGAAGAACACCAUUUGUACAUAGAUACGCGGUUUAGUCGUAAGAUACGUUUUUUUUUGUCUCUGUAUUGUCGAACCUCGCUGUCUCUCAGUGCGUAGCCUAAGUUCUGUAAAUCACUUUUGAAUGCGAAUUUUCCCACGGUGAAAAUCAAUGUUUACCCUUGGAAAAUCCGUAUUCGAAAGAUUGUAUUUUAUUUAACAACUACUUACGAAACUAACAUGUAAUAUUAAUUUAUUUGAUCAGCGAGAGAUAAGCGUGAAAUUAUAGUCUGUAGCUUGAGUUAUUUAUUUAUUUCAAAAUAUUUAUUUAUAAACUACUGUUAAGAUUAAUAGGCACUAGACUUACAAAACUAUGUUAUAAAAUAAGGCAUUAAACAAACAUUUUCCAAAUAAGUGAGUAAAUGAUCAACGAAAAAGCAUGAGAAAAACGCGAAAAAAACUAAACUAAAAAAAAAUAAAAUUAAAAAUACAUUAAUAUCAAAUUGAGAGAGUGUUUUAGUCAAUAUGGUAAGAGGAGUAGUCCUUGUCAAACUGGGCUUUCUGCAUGGGUUUCAAUUAUUUUUAGCAUUUUGCACGUUGCCCGCGUUAAAUCGAAUAAAUUUACAAAAUUGUCACAAUUCACUCAUUUAAUAUUUGGCAUGGUUUUCUGUAAUGCAGUUGCUACAUUUCGUCUCUAUAAGUUUGCACCCCGAAACUGCCCCUAUAAUGUUC